CCUCUGAAAAAGGCGCCCUGCAUCUUUAAGGCCGUGGGCUCAGCUCAGCAGCCGUGGGCAGGGCCGGCUCUGCCGCAGCCACAGCUGCUGCGAGGUUCAGUUAGCCGAGGUGGAGGAUGGGGAAACAAUGGAGGUGUCCCAGCUCCUCGCUGAGGUCAGGGAAAACUAUGCACAGCUCCUCAGCAGCAAUCAGAUAGAGACCGUGCUGUCCACCAGGAUCCAGCUGGAAGAAGACAUAAGCAAAAAGAUGGACAGAGACCAGGAAGCUUUGAAGGUGGCGCGAGCAGAGCUCAAGGAGGCCCAGCGCCAGUGGCAUCACCUGCAAGUGGAGAUCGAGUCGCUGCACGCUGUGGAAAGGGGCCUGGAGAGCUCCCUGCAGGCCAGCGAGCAGCAGCACCAGAUGCAGCUGCAGGACCUGGAGGCUGUGAUCGAGGGGCUGGAGACGGAGCUGCAGGACGUCCGGCGCGGCAUUGAGCGGCAGCUGCAGGAGCACGAGCUGCUGCUCAACACGAAAAUGAGGCUGGAACAAGAGAUCGAGACUUACCGCCGCCUCCUGGAGAGGGAGGAAAUCAGAUAUUACGGCUGUAUCCAGGGUGGGAGAAAAGAGCCCAAACCUACCACCAGUAGAGUCGGUUUUGUUUUACCUUCAGCCAUCAUCAAUGAAAUAUCUUUUUCAACAAAACUCUCACAAAAGUAUGAGGAUGAAAAAGUGGAGACAGUGACCAAACAGGCAACAUUAAAUGGAAAUAUCAUGAAGGAGAGCACCGAGGCUCACGGCACCAUUCAAACAGAGAAAGUGGAUGAAGUUAUUAAAGAAUGGGAGGGCUCCUUCUUUAAAGACAACCCCCGAUUAAGGAAAAAGUCCGUCUCUCUGCGGUUUGAUCUCCACCUCGCAGCCACUGAUGAAGGCUGUCUGCAAACUCAUCAGGAAAACCUGCCGGACAUAGAGGUCAGGUUGGUCAUGAGACGGUCCUGCAGCAUCCCGUCUAUCAAACCUCCCUCCUCCACAGCAAACUAGCCCUAGGCGGGCUUUGACUGGACCCAAAAAUUCCACUAGGACAGAACAGGCGCGCCAUGCCGACCCUUCCUGUCUAAAAUGGAAGUUAUUGCCCACAUAGAGGAAAUGUUCUGAUCAAUGUGUGAUUGUGAUUCCCUUCCAAAAGGGAAAAAAAAACAGUUAAGGGAUAAAGUUUCUCUGAACUAAAUUCUGGGCUUAUUUGGGGGUGAGGGAGAGCUUUAAAAUAAAAUCAGAAAUUCAGGAUGGUUUCUAUUUUAUUUAUUCUAA